AUGUCACAACGGAAUAUUGAUCAAGACUAUGUCAAUGAAGAGGGCUUGAUAUAUUCAUUACAGAAUUUAUCAGCCGAUGAACCUGAAAUAUCACAAAAUGAAUCAUAUACGAAUCAACCAUCAGUGCUAUGGAAAGAAGUUCAAGAUAAUGUUCAAUAUUAUUCCAAAAAAUAUAAAGAAGCUUAUAUGAAUCAUAAUGAUUGGUACACUGUGAAGUUAUUUGGAAAUAUACAACCAGAGUCACAGAAUAUUUCUAUAUUACAAUCAAGAAUUUUAGUAAAAUUAAAGACAUUAUCUCAAUUUGAUGCAUCAAAAUCAUUUAUUAAAUUUAGUGUAUUAAUUUGGUCUUCUGAUAAGUUUAUAAAUUUAUCGGAAAUUAAACCUAGUGAUAUGUUUGUAUCAAGAUUUGCAGAAAUAAGGCCAUAUGGUUUAUUACGUGAAGGACAUCAUGUUAUUGAGACAUAUUGUGUAGACUUAAAUAGUAAUAAACCAUAUCAAAUUAUUUCUCAUGAUGAUUUUUUAAUGGGACAUAAACGAAUUGCUGAUAAUUCGAAUCCUUCAGAUAGACAUUUUGAUGGACGAAAUUAUUUUGUUACAUUAUUUUUAGAUGAUGUUUAUGAUGGUAAAUAUACAGAAACAGGUUUAGUUAGUGCACAAAUUUUUCAUGAAGGUUCGUUCGUAUAUGGUAGCGUUUAA